AUGUUUGCUGUAAUAUUGAUAUCACUAUCGUGUUACUAUAUUUACACAAAAGGUGUUUGUCAAUAUGAUCAUGCCCUACCGAUGCUGGAUACGUUUUGUCCCGUUUUACCCAUUCCAUCGGUCAGUAAAUUAGCUGAGAGAAGUGUCAUAUUGGCUGAUAGUUUGAUAACUGCCGAUGUGAAGGCACCAUCGCGCUUCGUUCAAGCUAAAAUUUCGUUGAUUGAACUACGCAUGCGCAUUUUAUACAGUGAUAUUGAUGAGAAAGUCAAAAAUGAACUGGGAGAUCAAAUGCAUCAGUUAAAAGAUCUCAUACAAGAUGGCGCAGAUAAAUCAACUAGUUUAUUGGUUUCAUUUACGUCUACAUUGGAUAAAUUGCGAAUGUAUACGAAAUUUGCGUUAGAAGAGUUUUCUCAAGCUACCAGCCAACAAAAAUCAGAUCAAUCAAAAAGCAGUAUGGCACGUAAGCUAAUUAAAUCGUAUGAGCAAUAUUUAUCUUCAGUAUCUUCACAAAUUACUCGUAUAUUACACGAUGCUCAACGAACGUCUGCAAUAUUGGAAGGUAUUAAGGCUAAACUAGAAACUAUUCAAGAGUUAAAUUUACAUGGAGAAUAUAUUUCUUUGACAAAAAUCGAUGAAUUAAAAAAUGAUUGGUUUUGGAAUCACAUAUUUGGUAGCAAUAAGCGUGAUAUUACAAAACACGAGCGUAAUUUACGAAUUCUUGCUGAAUUUAUGAAGUUUGUGAACACAGCAUUGGAAAAUGCAAAUGUUAUAAUCACCAAGUUAAAAAAGUUCAAAAACGAUGCGGAAAAUCUAGAACAAGCAGAACUGCUUUUAGAAGAAGCAUCAGACAUACCUAUACAUCGACAUGCACAUCUACUUGAUACAGCUCUUGAGAGACUAAGUGCUGCAAGUACCGCUUUUGAAGCGAAAAUGCACCGAGAAAUCCAAUCUGAUGAGACUUCAUAA